GAGAGUAAAUAGAAGCAGGAGCCUAAAAUGGCGGAACCGCCGAGUCCUGUUCGUGGCGUGGCGUCGCCCGAGCAGGAGCCGUUCGGCGCCAGGCCGGUCUCGGACGCGAAGGUUUCGCGCGGGUCCCAGCCAGCCGCCAAGAAGAUGAAGGGAGCUGAUGAGAGGAGUCUGAAGGGCACGAAGCGCGUCAACGGCGAAGGGGGCGGUGGUGGUGGCAACGGCGGGAGCGGCAAGCAGUCGCUGCCGCUGCCAGCGGUUGUGCCGAGCUACAGCAACCCCGCGGCGUGGGGCUUCCCCGCACUCUCUUCUGGUCCCUCUGGGAGCGCGGGGGGCUUCGCUUUUCCUUCUCCACUGCCCCGGAAGCUGCUGUCGCCCGCCGUUUUGCUGCCGUCGUCCGCCUCUCCCUCCUCUUCGCACCAGCAGCACCAGCACCGCCACCACCGGCACCGCCUGACUCUGCCCGUCGAGGCGGGGGGCUGCGGCAGCGGCGGGGCGGCCGGCGCCGGGAGCGCCAAGCCCAAAAGGCCCAAGGAGAAGAGAGACAAGGAGAGGAAGAAACACGGGGCCCUGCCCGUGGUCGCGGCGGUGGGAGAUGGCGGCGGGAGCCUGAGCGCAGUGGGCCGGGAGGAGAACGGAGAGGUGAAGCUGCUAUUGCCAAAAGCUCAAAUCAAAGACAAAAUUAAAGAAAGGGAAAAGAAGCAAAAGGAGAAGAAGAAGCACAAAAUCAUGAAUGAAAUCAAGAAAGAAAAUGGAGAGAUCAAAUUAUUACAGAAAGGUGGGAAGGAGAAACCAAAAACCAAUGCGGAAGAGCUACAGAUUAAAAAAGUUAAGAAGAAAAAGAAAAAGAAACAUAAAGAGAAUGAGAAGAGGAAGCGUCCAAAAAUGUACAGCAAAUCUAUUCAGACCAUCUGCUCAGGAUUGGUUUCUGACAUUGAGCAUCAGGAAGCCAAAGGCAUCAUAGAUGAUCAUCUUAAGGAUUUCAAUGGGAAAAAUAUGGAUCCCAAGAAGGACUGUGAGUCCAAGAUACCAGAGAACAGUGAGUUUCCAUUUGUCUCGUUAAAGGAGCCACGGGUUCAAAAUAAACUCAAAAGGUUGGACACAUUGGAGUUCAAACAGCUGAUUCAUAUUGAGCACCAGCCUAACGGAGGUGCAUCAGUUAUCCAUGCCUACAGUAAUGAACUCUCCCACUUAUCUCCUGUGGAGAUGGAGAGAUUUGCAGAAGAGUUUGUGGGUCUGGUUUUUAGUGAAAAUGAAAACUGUGCAGCUUACUAUGUAAUGGGUAUUGUUCAUGGGGCAGCUACUUAUUUACCUGACUUUUUAGACUACUUUUCAUUUAAUUUUCCCAAUUCACCAGUGAAAAUGGAGAUUUUGGGAAAGAAAGAUAUAGAGACAACGACUAUGUCAAAUUUUCAUGCUCAGGUAAAAAGAACAUACUCUCACGGUACGUAUAGAGCUGGCCCAAUGAGACAGAUCAGCCUGGUUGGAGCAGUUGAUGAGGAAGUGGGGGAUUACUUCCCUGAAUUCCUUGAUAUGUUGGAAGAAUCACCCUUCUUAAAAUGUACACUGCCUUGGGGAACACUUUCUAGUUUAAAAUUAGAGAGUCGUAAAGACAGUGAUGAUGGUCCCAUUAUGUGGGUACGUCCGGGAGAGCAGAUGAUCCCUGUGGCUGACAUGCCAAAGUCACCUUUCAAAAGGAAGAGAACUACCAAUGAAAUAAAAAACUUGCAGUACCUACCUCGAACCAGUGAACCCCGUGAAAUGCUAUUUGAAGACCGGACACGAGCCCAUGCAGAUCACAUAGGACAAGGUUUUGAACGACAGACUACAGCUGCUGUGGGAGUUUUGAAGGCUGUGCACUGUGGAGAGUGGUCUGAGCAGCCUCGUAUAACCAAAGAUGUAAUUUGUUUUCAUGCUGAGGACUUCUUAGAGGUAGUUCAGCGGAUGCAGUUAGAUUUGCAUGAGCCUCCACUCUCCCAGUGUGUCCAGUGGGUUGAUGAUGCAAAACUUAAUCAACUGCGAAGGGAAGGCAUUCGAUAUGCCAGAAUUCAGUUAUUUGAUAAUGACAUUUAUUUUAUUCCAAGGAAUGUUGUGCAUCAGUUUAAAACAGUUUCAGCUGUGUGUAGUUUGGCUUGGCAUGUCCGGCUCAAGCUGUAUCAUUCAGAGGAAGAACUUUCUCAAAAUACAAGUACUGUUGAAGCAGGGACCUCUGCAGACUCCAAGUCUUCGGUUGUCGGACUUCAGGCUGACAGCAGAGUUUGUACGACAAGCAAAAAUACCUCCGAAGACACCAAAUUUUCAGAUGCUCUGCAGACAAAGUAUGUGCAGCAGGGAUUUAUGCCGCUAAAACAUGAACAUACUGCAUCUCACAGAAUAAAACAAGAACCCGUGAAUGUUGAUCUUGCUGAAAAGACAGCGGCACCUCAUGAGGCCGGUGGCCAGAAUGUUCAGACUAGAUUGGAUCGUGUUGAGUUGACAGCAUUUAAGUUGGAAAUGGAUUCUAAGUUUGAGCCUAGCAGCAAGGACCUACAAGACAAGUUAUGCCCUGGAGGUCAUGUACAUCCAGAUGAUACAAGACAACAUAGUUCGUCGUGUUCCAAACUGCAUGGACAAAGAGAGGAUGAUUUUUUGUGCUAAAUUUGUAUAUAUGGUUUUAAAUUCCUUUUUAAACUUAAUGAUGUAAUAAUGUAAAGAAUCAUAAAUUCUGUGAGGCAGGUGUGUGACCUGCCUUCGCAUCUGUUACGGAAAAUAGUUAUGUAGCUUUGUAACAUUCCUCAGUGCCUGUCCAUAACUGUGAAGUAUCAAAGCACUUAGGGCCAGAUGCACUGUAAAAACUGCAGGUUUAACAUAAAGAAGUCUUUAAAUAAUUUUGAGUUGUAGGUUUUAGAGUAGAGCUGACAUUUAACAUAUAUAUUUUUUGUAAGAUGAGCCAGAAUUCUUUUUGACAAUUCCAGGCUUUUCCAUAGAGCUUAUUUAUACCAAUUUUUUCAUUUUAAAUGUGUCAGCACUGUAGUGUAAAUAUCUUUUUUUAAAAAUCUUUUUAGUGUGAUUUAUACUGAAAUGUGAGCCGCUUAAUAAAGGUUCAUAAUAACAGAUUGGUUUUAUUUUUGGGUGUGCAAAAAAUAAUUCAGUGACACUGCCUCUCUAAAUGGUCACGUUUCUACCUGCACUAAUGCAUAGGAAGCCCUUACGCCGUUGUGGGCUGAGGAGCUGUAGCAAACCAAGGUAGACCUGAGGCAUUCUUUGUAAAUCAAGAUCAGUUGGAAAGCAAAACCAGUCCUCCCUUCCCAGGAUUCCUUACAACUGCUCAUUAAAGGCACUCCCCAAGCUCCUGCUGCCAGAUGGCAAUGGGGAGCAGAGGCAAACUCUCUCCUGUUGUGGAGGACAGCUGGACAACAGUGGGCUCCAGGAGCAUUACUGGUAACUCUGCAUCUCCAGAGAAGCUGGUGCAAGGGAGCAAAUUCCCUUCUAUGCUUGCCUCUUCCACCUGCUUACGCCACAGUUAAGGCAGUUCCAUGUCACAUUAAAAAACCCCAAACCCACAGCAGCACAUUUCAAAUCAGUUAUCUGACUAUGAUAAAAGAACAUUUAAAAGGUCAUUUUUCAAAGGCCUCAAAGUUAGCAGUGAUCUGCAAUUCCCAGGGACAUGGUUAGAUUUGAGCUGCUCCCUACACAGGCGUCAGGCAAGAGAGAUACUUGCCAAUGUGUCUAGUAGGAAGAUUCCUCAUGAGUCCCAGUUUAGAACCAAGAAUUAAGAAAAUUACAGUAGCAUCCAAGUUAUCUGUUCUUCUCUCUCACAAACUAUGGGUCGCUUGAAUUCCCUUCAGCUGUAUUAAGAGGGAGGAGGAUUUCAAGGCUAGCUAGUAUCAGGUAUGGUAACGGCAAAAACUUUGGCAUUUAACUUAUUUAAUUCUUUGUGUAACAUAUUACUGUAUAGUUCAGAUCUGAACAAUAUUUUUUUUUUCAGGUAGCUACAAAUAGCAGCAAACUGCCCUACAGCCUGUCCUACAAAGUGUUUAAAAGUUAAGAUCCUAGGCCUGUUGGUAUUUCCAAAGCCUUCUGUAUCUCAGAUUUUUUUUUCUGUCUUUUUCCCUGUAACUUUCAGGAAGUUGUACAUACUUGUACUCACUCUAUAACCUUUGAUGCACUUAGUAGUCACUUUGGUUUCACUUGUAGCAAUAGAACAAUGUGAUUUCCAGGUGAUGUCUGAUUCAACUACCUGAGUCCCUUCUGUUGCAAAUGGUAUUUUGCUUUAUAAGUUGUUGAAAUUCAAAAUGUUACUGCAUAUUUAAGCCUGGCACUAAAAAUCACCUUUAAUUUGAGUGCCCCGAUUUUGUUGAAAUCUAAAAUAGGUUUGUCAAGGAGUUUUUAGUUAAAUCAGCAUUUUAAUUGCUAAACAAUACUCCUCUGUAGCCAUAAUUACGUAUUAGAAAAGCAAUAGAAACAUGAAUCUCUUGGAUGCGGCUGAUAUGUCCGUAAGUCUUAGUGCUUUUUUUCUUUAAUGCUGGCUAAGAGAUUACUGCCAAUUUUGCAGCCUCAGGGAUCUUGCUUUCCCCUCAAGCCAUGAACAAAUGAUUCAUGUGUCACAUGGUAAGUUAUUACUCCAGCAGAUUCUGAUUUGAAAAAUUAAUUGGUUCAUGUAAGAACCGGAGCCUUCCUGAUAGUAGAACUGUGGUCUCAGCACCCUUUGUGUUGUCUAGAUCAUGCAGAAACUUCCACCCAUAAUCUCUUGGGCUUUAGGAACAUCCAUCCAUACACAACUCUGUAGCCUUUGGUCCCUGUUCUCUGCCAGCCGUGGGACAACAGGGAAAGAGAAGCGCUGCAGGCUGUAGUUUGCACCAAGCUGCAGCUUUCCAAGUGGGUUAGCAGAAUGCUCCAGCUUGAUCAAAACCAGCCUUGCAAGAUACUUGUUAAAAAAUAAACAAACAAAACCAACAAACCCAAAUGCAAAAACAAAUAUUCAUUUUACUUUAAAGAAAAAACCCAUCUUGUUUGCAUGCUGGUGGUCUGUGUGCUGAUCAUUCCUUCUGCUUCAAAGGUGAAGUUUUAAAAAAUCUGUCAGAUUUUAGUGAAGUGUAUACAUCACUCUUGACAGCAAACAACUUGCUGCAUAUAGGCCCUGCCCAGACUGAAAAAAAGAUAUCUUUCAUAGUGAUUUAACAAAUGCAACUUUACACUUAAGAGUAGGACUUUGUUUCCUUUUGAAGACUUGCUGAGUGGUCUUGACUGGUAUGGCCUCUAAUGUCUGCUUGGCCUUGUCUUGGUUCUCACAUUUUGCUUUAGAACAGCUUACAUCUUCAACAUAUCCGUUUUUUUUUAAUCACUAUCAGAACUUUAAGAGUUUAUUUAAAAAAAACCCCUCAAACAACAAAAUAGUGGCAGUUUUUGCAGAUUCAGUGCAUCCUUUAUUUUUGUGUUUCAAGACAGACUAGAUACUCAGAGAGACUUCCUUGCAGACAGAAUCUGGGAUGCUGGGGUUACCAAUGGUAUCUCAGUGCCCUUUGUACUGGAGGUGUAAGCGGUCUGGGUUGACUGGCUACAUUGGUGGACACUUAUUUCUUGGAUUUUGGAUUUUUUGUUGUUUUUUUCCUAAACAAAAAAGGGGGAAAAAAGUUUUUGUUCUCUGCCCGUGGUGUGUUCAUUUUGAGGUGGUUGCUUCUUGAAGAGGGGAGUACCUGAGGAUUUCAGCUCCCAAGUGGUUCAUCAGUCUGCCGAAGGUCUUGCUUUGGUUUCAAGUGGUCCUGUGCUAUAACCUCUAUUUGUGCCGCAUACGACGUCACAUUCAGACUUUUGCUUCAGCAAUAAAUCUUUCAUGCCUUCUGAUGUACUGAAACUAGUCUUUGCUUAUUGCUUUUUCUCCUCUUCCUGGAUUUCAGAUAUAUAUAAAUAUCUCUGUUCUUUGGGCUGAAAUCUCCAGUGUUUUCUGUCGGCUCUCUUGGUGCCAGUUCUCCUGCAGCCUGGAGGGAUGUGCUGGAGGCCUGUUGCCUGUGCUGCCGUGGUUAUCGCCAGCUGUGCAUUUGCAGUGGUGUUCCAGUUAAUGACAUGAUGUGCAGAAGCUUAGGCUUGUUUUGCUCAAUAUUUGUGGGUAGCCCAGAAUUGCAUUGUUACUGUCACUACCUGUAGCUUUUCAGAUGGUAACUCUUGUGGUUUGUUUUGUUUGUUUGUUUGUUUGUUUUUUUAAAAACCCCAAACUACUGGAUAUUUUGCAUUUCAGUGGCAACUGACUUCAUGUAUUACAUCCAAGUGUGACUGUGUUGUGUCAUCCCCCAGCCCUCCAAAUGCCUGCAAAUUGACCCUGAAACAGCAUUUUCAUUACAGGUACUGCUGGCAUGCAGAUUUUCCCUUCCUUGUUACUAUAGUGAAUAUUUCAAUAGUCCUUUAACAGAAAUAUUAAUUCUAUUUAGUAUUAGAAAUAAAGUAUUAUUUCAGAGGGUAAUGAUUUAAGUAUUCAUCUGUGAACGAACUCCUUGGUGAUAAAUAAAAGUGAUUUUUAAGCA